GCUUCGCAGUAAAUCCACAAACGAACUGUAUGGAUUAGAGACACUCAAAUCUUAGUUGGAGUAACCAGUUGGAAAAUCUUCAUGAUUUACUAUUAUCUAUUGCAAUACUGAUCUAAAAUCUACUCGUUGUUAGAGAAGCUAACAUUCGCUAAAAGGGAAGGUAAUGUUAAAAUUGCAAAAUAUUUGCUUUUAUUACCAUAAAACAUACCUGUAAUAUGUAUUACCAUACAACCAAUGAACUUUGACAUAUGAUGACAAGUGAAUGUCGUAUUUAUUCAGCUUACCACCAAGCUUAACAUCCAGUGCUACUCUGGUUCUACGGGUUAUGGCAGGGGGUGCUCACAAAAUUAAUUAAAAAAUAUACUUAAGAGUACUGAAAAAUCAGCAGUGAAGUGUGCUUCUUGUGAUUAGUGUUAGUGAAGUUUCAAUCAAGAUGGCAGCUAUUGUUAGGUAUUACGAAGAUUUUAUGAGGAAGUCAGCGGAUCCUAGAGUACAGAACUGGACCCUGAUGGACAGCCCCCUACCUACCGCAGUGAUAUCUGCAUUGUACUUGCUCACAGUAUUAGUCAUACUUCCUGCAUUCAUGAAAAAUAGGAAACCCUACAAACUAACGAAAAUCAUCAGAUACUACAACAUUUUUCAGAUACUCUCUUGCAUUUACAUCAUAUACUUGAUAGCUACCGCAGGAUGGAUCCAGGGUGAAUUAAGCCUCGGUUGUCAACCAAUUGACUAUUCAAACAGACCAACAGCAAUACGGAUGGCGACGGCAUUCUAUUACAUUUAUUUGCUGAAAAUGGUCGAACUGAUCGAAACAGUAUUCUUUUGUUUGAGGAAAAAGUUCAACCAAGUUUCGGGUCUUCAUAUCUACCAUCACGCAUCUACAUUUUGUUUGACGUAUAUCGGAUGCAGAUUUGUUGCAGGUGGAAUGGUGUCAGUUCCAAUCGUUGUCAAUAGUUUUAUCCACAUUUUGAUGUACUCAUAUUACUACCUAUCAUCUUUCGGACCAUCCUGGCAGAAAACAUUAGCACCUUGGAAACCAAAACUGACAAUGCUCCAAAUGAUACAAUUUUCCCUGCUGAUAAUCCACGCCUUAACCAGCCUAACACCAAACUGCAAAGUGCCAAGGGCACUGAUGCUAAUCUACGUUCCGAAUAUCGUCCUGAUAUUCAAGAUGUUCUACGACUUCUACCAGAAGAGUUACAAUAAGAAAUCACAAAAUAAAGUCACUAACAGUAAUCCUAAGAUUUAUCACAAGAAAUCUGCCAAAGCAGCGUAAAACUUAGUGCGAAUGUGAAAAGAUUAAGUGUUUUUGACUGCCAUAGCUUUCGUAUGUUGUACAUAAACUAUUUAAUAAACAGUCGGUUUUUCAUACAAUAAGCCAUGAAAUGGCAUAUACAUAAGAUAUCAUGUGUAUAUGUAAUUUGUAGGCAGUCACCUUUGAUAUCACGAAUUACAUUAAUUUGUGACCUAUUCUGCAACGAAAUACUGCAAAUAAUUGUCAGUUAUAAUCAGAAUUUUAGAAAUUUAAACUAUGCAGAACACAAUACGCCAACAAAAUGGAUUGACUUGUUGAAAGAUCUAGUGAGCAAAAUGUUAUUGUAACAAUGUAGGCACAAAAUAUUUAAUAAGAAUUCAAACAUUGUUUAGUUAUUUUGACCGCAGAAUAUGUGAAGCUUUCUGCAGCAUCUUCAAUGCAAACAGAUGAAAACGUAUAUAUGUUGUAAUCGAAAAAACAUAUUUUUCAAAUUAUUGCUUUUCAUCUUGUUUAUCGAUCUACAAAUUGCGUUAGUACAGAUAGUCGCAAAUGAGUAAAACAACUACCAAAUUGUUUAAAGAGCUGGUCAUUCUACAUUUUAAUUUCUCAAUUGACACAUCGAAGAUAUAAAUUGAACUUUAGAUAUUACAUUGCUUUCUAAAUUUCAAUUUCUGAAUAGACACACUCACUUUUCAAUCUUAGAUAUAAUUUGAUACACGUUAAACUUUAUCAAGGUAUUUUAUUGAUUUUUUUGAUGUUAUUCUUGGUGACCAUUAAUUAAAACAUACGCAACCUGCAACCCAUAUCAAUUUAUAACUCUGCGCACAUGGUUUUGCCUACAUAUAGAAGCUUCUAGCCUAUUUUUAAGUUUCCAGUCAGAAAGAUAGAAACAGAUGGAAAGCAGUUCACAACUUAAAUCAAAUAUUUCAUUAUGAGGAUUGAUGGCUGAUUUAAAAAAAAAUCUAAGCCGCGUUCUGUAGGAACAUUAUAGGACUUGUUUAUAUACUAUGUCUCAGUUGAUGAAAAUAUUGUAGGUAACUUAUAAAACAAUAAAAGUAGGUCAUCAAAGGCAAUUCCAAUAAUAGAGAUAUCUACGAAUAUCAAAACACAUCGUUCUCAAUUAAAUUAUAUGGAAAAAUACUACUAAUGUACAAUAACAUUCUGCGAUUGUUAUAGUAUUCAAUACUAUUUGUAAUGCUUCAUAUUUUGUAAUAUAAAAAUAUAGUACAAUAUAAGCCGAGC